GCACCUACGGCAUUACCAUUCACGUACCAUGACUGGAAGCGAGCGGCUGUCGGCCUGCCUGUUAGCAUGAUGCACUGGUUCAAACAGAGAAGGACUAGGUUCAUCAAGAUGUUACCACCCGACUUCCAAUCGCUCCAAAUUUCCGACAGCGUCGUCCGCAUCUCGACUCCCGCCGCUGCCGCGAGGCGCACCGACGGCAAGGUCGGCUUCGCGGGCGCUCUCCAGCUGGCCGUCGCCGUGUUCACAGACGGCGCGCUCGCGUACAUCGGGCGGGACUUCUGCAACGUGUGGAAGAUGCGCACGACGGACUUCCUCGUCACAAAAGACUUUCUGUUCUCCCAGCGAGGGUUCGACGCCGCGGCAAACUUGGUGGCGCUGGUGGGACGCGCUUCGACAACCACGACUGCGGCAGACAUGGACAGGCUCGAUUUGCGCUUCGUCUGCGACGACUGUGGUGGCGCCACCGAGUCUGAGCGCCGUGCGUCAAAAUCUCAAGCCGAGUACGCAUUUGGUUGGAGGAAAUGUGUCGACCAUUACAUGCUGUCGAACCGCAUAGACCACUCAACACCUUCGUUCUCUGUGCUUCCUCCGGACAUCACUGCCGAUGUGAAGAGCAGGGAGCCCGAAGACCCCAGCCUCAUGCAUCAACGUUGGCAGUGCAACCACUGCUCGGCUCUUCCCGAGCUCGAGGAUAGGGCGACAGUGGCGGAGCAUAUACUCACAGUUCAUAACAUUACUGCACCUGCGGACGAUGAAGACCUAUUUUACCUGCCUUCUCCUGGCACUCGACGCCCACUCAUAGCAUACCAGCCUGUUGAGCCAUUCGAUGUAGCCUUGGAGCGCUGACUGUUGUAUGACCAUGAUUAUAAAGAAUAUGCUUAUGUCU